UAUUUUUAUUUUUUUUACAAAUUGUGCUUUUGUACACAUUAAAAACCGGAGGAAUUAAACCACUCCAAUUCUGGCGAAAACAUCCGUGUACGUGACCAGGACACAAACGUCAGAUCACAACACGGAAAAGAAACGAAAGUGAAACUUUUAACUAAAUAUUCGCUUCCUGAUUUCGACGCGCCUUGGCAGGGUUCAACAAAUGGAACUGACCGCGGUCAUGCGCUGAAGAAUGAAGUGCGCGCCUACAUCGUGUAUUACGAUUGAAGCUAGAAAGAGCAUCUCCAGCUCCAACAUGCAUAUCUGCCAAAUCUGACCAAUCAAUGGAUCGACCCAUUAUGUUCAGCAAUGGAAUGAAGCUAGAAAGAGCAUCUCCAGCUCCAACAUGCGUAUCUGCCAAAUCUGACCAAUCAAUGGAUCGACCAAUUACGUUCAGCAAUGAAAUGAAGCUAGAAAGAGCAUCUCCAGCUCCAACAUGCGUAUCUGCCAAAUCUGACCAAUCAAUGGAUCGACCAAUUACGUUCAGCAAUGAAAUGAAGCUAGAAAGAGCAUCUCCAGCUCCAACAUGCGUAUCUGCCAAAUCUGACCAAUCAAUGGAUCGACCCAUUACGUUGUGUCAUGCAAUGAAGCUAGAAAGAGCAUCUCCAGCUCCAACAUGCGUAUCUGCCAAAUCUGACCAAUCAAUGGAUCGACCCAUUACGUUGCGUCAUGCAAUGAAGCUAGAAAGAGCAUCUCCAGCUCCAACAUGCGUAUCUGCCAAAUCUGACCAAUCAAUGGAUCGACCAAUUACGUUCAGCAAUGAAAUGAAGCUAGAAAGAGCAUCUCCAGCUCCAACAUGCGUAUCUGCCAAAUCUGACCAAUCAAUGGAUCGACCCAUUACGUUGCGUCAUGCAAUGAAGCUAGGAAGAGCAUCUCCAGCUCCAACAUGCGUAUCUGCCAAAUCUGACCAAUCAAUGGAUCGACCCAUUACGUUGUGUCAUGCAAUGAAGCUAGAAAGAGCAUCUCCAGCUCCAACAUGCGUAUCUGCCAAAUCUGACCAAUCAAUGGAUCGACCAAUUACGUUCAGCAAUGAAAUGAAGCUAGAAAGAGCAUCUCCAGCUCCAACAUGCGUAUCUGCCAAAUCUGACCAAUCAAUGGAUCGACCCAUUACGUUGUGUCAUGCUGAGUUGUCAGCUAUUCUGCUGACGAAGGAUCACUUCAGGUGUUCAGUGUGUACAGACGUGCUGACGGAGCCAGUCUCCAUCCCCUGUGGACACAGUUACUGUAAAUCCUGCAUCCAGACCUACUGGACCAAACCAGGCCAUAUAGGAAGCUACUCCUGUCCUCAGUGUAGGAAGAGAUUUAAAACUCGUCCUGUUCUGAAGCCAAACUCAGAGCUGGCUAAAAUGGUAGAGAAGCUGCAGCAGGCUGGGUUCAGUCCUGCUCUUCCUGCUCUCUGCUAUGCUGGACCUGGAGACCUGGCCUGUGAUUUCUGCACUGGGAGGAAGCUCAGAGCGGUGAAGUCCUGUCUGACCUGCCUUGCGUCGUACUGUGAAACCCAUGUGAGGCAGCACUACACAGUAGCAGCCCUGCAGAGACACACGCUGGUGGAGGCGACUGAAGACCUGGAGCAGAGACUCUGCAAACUGCAUCACAGAGCCCUGGAGGUCUUCUGCAAAACUGACCAGACCUUCAUAUGUUUUAUGUGUAUGAUGGAGGAACACAAAGAGCAUGAUACAGUGAUAGCCAACAGUGAAGCUCCUACUGAUGAGCUAAACACAUCAGUAAAUCAACAUCAGAAAAUCAGAAAAUUUAAUUCAUUAGAAGAGAACAAGAUGGAGAAUGUGAUUAAUUAUCUCCUAAAGGAAAACAUAGAGUUGACAACAAAAGUUGAGAACUUGCAGAGAGCUGAUACAGAACUGACUUACCUGGCAAAGAUACUCUGCAGAGGACUUGAAGAAGGCUUAGUAGAAAUGGCUGCUCUUGGACGUCGUUUGAAUCUUGGGAUGUUUUAUGACUGUCGCAGUGAUUCUUUCAGCUCAGAUGCCUUUCUAUGGGAUGAGAGCACUCUGUCCUCUAUGAAACUAUCUCUGUCUCGACCCCACACGGAUGUGCGUAUUUUAGAGAGAGACUCCCUGCAGGAGAGACUCGGAGCUCUGGACCUGACCACUCCUCUAAGGGCCAGUGUUGUAGCUGGAUUGGUGGAGGUGUCUGGAGCUGCUGCCUUUCUGAAUCACCCCACUCAGUCCCAGCUGCAGGACAGAGUCACUCUGUGCUACAGAACCUCCACCAGACUGGACAUGCUCAGUCACACGCUGUUGCACAGUGGAGCUCCUCUCUCGCUGACCAGUCAGAAAACAGCUACACACGUGGUUGUGGCUGUGCUCUAUGGAAUCCAAGCGUUUUUUGUCUUUGAUGACAAAAGGGAAAGCCGGGAGGGAAGUACUGCACUAAAUGAAGUAAUCAGGAGAAAUUUCAUUUCCCAUAGUGCAAUUGAACUACUUUCUGAUCUUGAUGAAAAUCAGCAGACAAAAUGUUUGUUUGAUUGUGCUGUUUAUACUGAUGGAGGCAAUUGCAAAAGUCUUGUGAAUUUUGAUACGGCAAUAAAAAUGUACAGCUCCUUACAAACCUUAGGGCCACAAGGUGAGAAAACAGUCCCUCUGAAAGUCUGGCUCUACCCUCUGAAGAAUGUAGACCAAACAUCUGCUUGUGCAGCUGGAGAAUUAAAUGAUCACAUACUGCUCAAAACAGAGAAUGUUCUGGAGCAUCUGAAGUGUCAUCUUAGCAUUUGUCUUGAUAUGAUGACCAUUUACUCCAGUUUUGGUGUCUUUACAAGGUUUCCAGCCAUCAAAGAAUCUCUUUCUGAGAUUUCUUCUCAUCUGCAGAAAUAUCAGUUAGAGAUUCAGAAAGCACUUGCCUCCUGCAUUAAGACCAAACGAGAGAGAGGACAAAAAGAGGGGAGGGGUUUGGAAGAUCUUCUGAAGAGACAUGGCCAAUCACCUUUCAGUCCAGAGAACAUCCAGCAGUGGUUCCUAAACAAAGAUGCUGAGGUGAGGGCUUUGCAGGCAUGCAGAGAGAAAAACAUCACCACUGUAAAAUCACAGGAGGAGUUGAUGUGCAUCUUACGGGACUCCCAGGACACAGUGUUGUGUUUCACUCUCACCUCAUUGGAGGAUAAAGAUCCAUUUCUCUCAGCUCUGAAGCAGCACAUUGAUUUAGUGAGCACAGUGAACACACAAGAGACACAUCUACCAUUCAGACUUCCUGAUACCAGUCAGAAAAUCCUCUCUGAUCUUCAUUCAUUUAUGUGCACAAAAGAGACAAAUGAAGAUGCAGACCAGACAGAGUUCAUCGCUGCAGUUGUACCUGUGCCACAGCUUCCUGGAUCUUCUAUAUAUCUUUACCAGUGUGGUAAUAUUGUGAACUGCAGUGUGAACCUUGAGAUGAAGCCAGAGCUCCCAGAAAUACUUAAUAUAAAACAAACUAGUGUUACUGUGAGGCUGCAAAGAUCCGAGACCCAAGUGCUUAAUCAUUACAGAAUUGAAUUCAGAACAGUGAGCUGCAGAAACAUUGCUGAUAGGAAAUGGAAAAGUGUAUUUUGUACUGGAGAGAACUGUGUGGUUUGGGGUCUGACGCCAGCGGCUCAGUAUCAGCUGAGAUACACUGUAAUGGACUAUAACAGCUUGAGCAACUAUAGCAGAAUCAAAGAGUUCCAGACGCUUCCUAGAGCCAGACCUGGACCUAUACUUCUCAAACAGACUCAGAAAUCUCUGACUGUUACCUGGAGGAAGGCUGAUGGAGACACCCCUGUGCUCUGCUACAUGGUGGAGUAUAUGGAGGCUGCUCUGGAGGGCUGGCAGUCCAUUCUAACAGAGGGGCCUGGGUGUGAAUGCACCAUAACUGUCCCCUGCAGCACCUGUUACAGAGUCAGAGUCUCCGCUGUCUAUGUAGAGGGAGAUAUGAGCAGACCCAGUGAGGAAGCAGAGGUCCCUGUAGACAAGUGGUGCAUAAAUGUCUCAGAGAGAAAGACCUCCCUCUUCCUAAAAGUGCUGAAACUGCAAACAGUGAAGAAACCAGUGGAGCUGAGCGGCUUUACAGAUGAAGAGAGCGAAGUGAGGAGUUUCCUUCAGUGUCUGCCCUACAUCUCCCAGCUGAGGUUUCAUUAUGAUACAAAAAAGAAACUGUCCACAGUAGAGUUUCUGCUGAAGCUGAAUGUUGCAGCAGCAGAGUGUGAUGCAGCUACAGGAGAGAGUUUCACUAAGCUGCUGACAUCUGUGUGCAGCUACACAACCUUCCCUUUUCGAGAUGAUGUGCGCAUUAAAACUUCACAGUGUGAUUUCCUGCUGGAGCUGUUCUCACAAGUGAAGGACUAUGAGACUCAAACAGGCAGGAGUGUCCUUCCAGCAUUACAGCCAGUUUACCAGUCAGCUCCUGCAGUCUGGAACAUAGACCUCUCAGAGAGAAAGACCUCCCUCUUCCUAGAAGUGCUGAAACUCCAAACAAUGAAGAAACCAGUAGAGCUGAGAGGCUUUACAGAUGAAGAGAGUGAAGUGAAGAGUUUCCUUCAGUGUCUGCCCUACAUCUCCCAGCUGAGGUUUGAGCGUCCUGGUCAUUAUAAUAAAGAAAAGAGAAGAUCUAUAAUGAAGUUUCUGCUGAAGCUGAAUGUUGCAGCAGCAGAGUGUGAUGCAGCUACCGGAGAGAGUUUCACUAAGCUGCUGACAUCUGUGUGCAGCUACACAACCUUCCCUUUAUAUUCUAAGAGUGCUUAUCAGUGUGAUUUCCUGCUGGAUCUGUACUCAGAAGUGAAGACCUAUGAGACUCAAACAGGCAGGAGUGUCCUUCCAGCAUUACAGCCAGUUUACCAGUCAGCUCCUGCAGUCUGGAAAAUAGACCUCUUAGAGAGAAAGACCUCCCUCUUCCUAGAAGUGCUGAAACUCCAAACAGUGAAGAAACCAGUAGAGCUGAGAGGCUGGUCAUAUGAAGAGAGUGAAGUGAGGAGUUUCCUUCAGUGUCUGCCCUACAUCUCCCAGCUGAGUUUCAGUGGUGCUGAGCAGUGUGUCCCGUCUCUGUGUAAAGAGCUCUGGUCCAGAGAGCAGACACAGCAGGUGUCUCCUCUGCUCCAGGCCCUGGGCUUCACCCUCUCUCUGGGAGGAGAGUUACCCACUUCCAGCUGCAGAGCUGUGGGGAGAGUGAUGGGGCUGUCAGCAUCCACACUCAACCUCACUCUAAACCCACGAGCCUUCUCUCUCAGAGGAGCCCGGCUUCUCUUCACACACAUCACACACCUGCACACACUCAGGCUGAGUGGUGGUGUGGUGGUGAGAAUGGUACGAGCUCUGGGGGCAGUGAGAUCUCCUGCUCCAGUGACUGUUGAGGAGCUUUCACUCAUCCUGAGCAGCACACAGCAGACAGAGGGGGCGCUGUCCAGGGUCCUGAGCAGCUUGGCUUCUCUCCUGAGACUCUGGCAUGUCCAGUGCCUGAACCUGACUGAGUACAAGAUGGAGGCCCAGUCUCUCACUGUCCUACUGUGUCACCAGGGCCCUCUGACCAUCAGGUUGAGUAAAGAGACUCUCCAGCAUCUGGUUGUAGUGGUGUAUGAAGCUCAGGAGGAGGAGCUUACUCUCUGCUUCCUGCAGAAAGUGGGCGGAGAACUGACUUCCUGCACUCUGAACUGGGAAGUGAUUCACUAUUUCCUGCAGUAUCAAACUGUUACUGUGGACUUUAGGAAGAGCAGCAUUAAGCAGCAAAACCCCAGAGACCUUCUGCCUGUACUGGCCAGACUUCAGAUCAGAAGACUGAGCUCCAGCUUUGUACUGUCCAUCAUCAGAGAGAUCUAUCAGACUGGCUCUGCUCAUUGUGUGUCCAGCUUGUUGAGUUCAGCAAAGAACUGCAUCAACCUGAACAGCAGAGAGCUGGACUCUGUCCACUGUGCUGCCCUGCGCUUCACCCUCCAGCACUGCACAGCAGUCUCUCUCAGCCUGCUGUUCACCUCCAUACCAGAGGGGGAGCUAGGGAGCAUUUUACCUCUGUUCAAACACGUCUCCAGGCUCAGUGUUGACAGGCUGCUGUUGCUGAGGCUGCUCCACUGCUGCAGUGUCUCUGAACUCCAGCAGGGGGCAGCAGCAGCAGAUCUGCUCUCUGCUCUGCAGCACAGACUGGACUUCUCCUGCAGCUCUGCUAUGGACCUGACAGCAGACACACAGACACACACACUGACUCUGAGCACUGAGGACUGCAGAGUCGUCUCCAUGGUCAUCCAGAGAGCUCACACGCACACACAGCUCACUCUACACGACUGUGAGAUAGAGGAGGCUGGAGUGGAGCAACUCUUCCCUAUUUUACAUACAGUCACGUUGCACUGCAGUAAAGCCACGCUGCUCCAGUUUCUGUCACUUGUCCGUGUGGGGACUGAGUUGGAGUGUGUGAGACGCGCUGUGGCUCUCUCCCGGGCCCUGGGUGAGAUGGUGGACCUCAGUCAGACCCGGCUGGACCAGCAGACCUGUAGGUCACUGGCGCUGUUUCUGGAACAUUCUGAAGGGCUGUCAGAACUGGACCUCAGCCACUGUCAGCUCACUGACCACUGCCUGCAGAUGCUGCUCCCACACCAGCACAAAGCCCACGUCCUGGACCUCAGUCACAAUGACAUCACUGACGUGUCAGCAAAGAGGAUCUAUGAUACUGUCUCCACCAACAACAAUAUUCACACUGUGAGACUCUUCAACAACAGAAUUACAGACAGACAGCUCUUCAUCUCGGACAAGCGCUUUGAAAUCUGGUGAUGUUAAUGUACUUUUAAUAGGUUGUCAUGAGUGUGUAAAAUAUAGUUUUUUUGUUAAUGGAAAAAUAUAUCAUGAAGUUGACCGCAAAUAGUUUCAGGUAUAUCAGUACUGUAAGUCCCUAUGAACAGUUCAAGUUCAAGUUCAAGUAAGUCCCUAUGAACAGGGCUCAGUUCCUAGUCAGGGAACAUUCUACUCUGGGAUAAAUGAAGUGUAUUCUUCUGUGUUCUUAAGUCAUAUACAGUAUUUACUGAUCAUAGAGCUGAAACCAGAACUCAUCACUUAAAUUUCCAUUUAUGGCAUUUAGCUGAUGCUUUUAUCCAAAGCAACUUACAAUUAUGACAGAAUACAACUUGAUCAAUUACCAGAAAUGUUCUUACCAGAAAUAAUGAGUAAAUGUAUGUGGUCUGUGAUCCUCUACUGUUUCCAGUAUGAAUCAGGCCUCCUGAUAAUGAUGAAAUUGUCUCAUUAUCAACAUUCACUUCUCAGUGCCACGUAACACCCAUCCCUACUGUCAUUAUGGAAUAUUAAUUUAUCUGUAUGUUUACUGCUGGAACAUCCCUCUUGUUAGAAUUUCCUACACUGUGACUCCCUUUUCUGUAAACAGUCUAUCCUUAUAGACUUGUAGUGAUAAACUGUAUCGUUUUUGAUACUGCCUAUUCUAUCAUGUCUGAAUAUGUCGCACUUGCUAUAUAAUUUACAUAUUUCCACUAACUCAUCUGCUUUGCCAUCUGUAUAUACUCAUGUUUUUCUGAAUAAAGCAUCUGUGCAAAUCCAAAA